AAAUUAAAAAACCCUCUGAAAUUGAUUGUUUCAUUUUUUAUAAUUUAAUUCGUAUUAUUGGUAAAAAUAAAUUUUAAUAUCAUUAUUAUUAAAAUUGAAUUGAAUGUAUGAACUUAAAAUAAUAAAUAUAUCUGAAACAAUUUCCAUCUGGACCUAAUCUAAUCUGAAGAAAAACUCACAAAAAAAAAAUGGGACAGCAUCAGAUGAAAAGUGCGGUGCCUAACUCCGUGUCGGUCAUUUCAGAGAACCUGUUUAGGCAUGCCAACGAGCUGAAGCAGACGACCAUGUACAGUUAUGAAAGUUUUGUUGAGUCCAUCUCCAUUCUAAAUACGAUCACGCAAGGGUUUGACGACGGCACAGGCAAGAAAUUGAUCUUCUGCAUAAAGGACGGAACCGACACCUCUGUCUUUUGGAGAGGUCUCGUCAGGGUCAAGUGUCACAAGGUGAACAGUCAAACUGGGGUGAUAGAAACGGUGAGACUACUAAAUCUCAAACAGUACAUCCACCUCUAUAACGAAAUUCUCAGCGUACAAGCUGAAAAAAAUACCAACUCAACUAACAACGAUGAUGCCGUGGUUCGUGAUUCGCCAGUCGAUCCUCCAUUCGAGCAAUCAAAUUUUUGCACGGGUGGGGCUAACUCGCUUGAUGCGUCAAUCAUCAUUGACAGAUUAGAUGAAGCUAGAAGGAAACAAAAAAAAAAAAGCUUCCCAGCAAGAAAAGAGGGCGCUUUUAAAGAGGAAGAAGAAGAUGAUGAUGAUGACGAUGAUGGUCACGAUAGAGAUCAUCAUCAUCAUCAUGGUUAUGAUGAUGAUGAUGAUGGUGAGAUGGAAUGCGUCAUAUGCAUGGAUAGGAAAGCACAAAUAAUUCUACCAUGCCUCCAUCAAUACUGUGAACAAUGCAUCGAUGAAUGGCAGGACACCCACCACAGCUGUCCAGUAUGCAGGGCCUCUGUGGACACGUCUGAAGACGCCUGGGUCCUGUCUGAGAAACCAGACGAACAGGAAGUUGAUGAGCAGACGACUCGAUCGAUCAUGCAACUGGUUGAUAGUUUCCCGCCAGAUCGGGACGACGAUCCUGACUAUUCGACCGGAUGAUCGAGUUUCUUUUGUCGAUCGAUUGAUUGGGAAUGUGAAUCUUAUAAUAUUAUAUACGUUUUUUGUAUGUUGAAGUGUAUAUGGCUUCAUCCUACACGCCAUAAAAUAUCACGUUUGGCCAGUUCAAGAGGGGGACGACAAAUGUAAAUAGAAUAUUUUACUCGUGUAUUUAUUUCUCACUUUUUGCAUCAGCAGUUUAUGUGAGGCUUAUUGGAAAAACUGCGAUUUAUAUACUCGAUUAUUAUGUUGUGUUUGUACGUUGUUGUCUGUUUAUUCAUGGUGAUUUCUUAUUGUUUAUGUUCUUUAUGAUGAUUUUGUUUGUUCGUUCAUGUUUUUUUGGUUUACGUAAAGGUUUUCUUAGCUGUGCGAACAGCUGUCAUUCAUCUGCCUGCCUGCUCCUUCUGUCUAUCACCUGCUGCUUUUCCUUUCCUCGUUUUUUUCCUUUUUCAACUCAGCGAUUGUUUUUCUGGCGAUUGCAUAUUUUUGUUCCAGUAAACAGUUUUGUAUGUGAUUAUGA